UGGGAUGACUGGAAUGCUUCGCAUAGCAACCGGACAGCGCCUGGCGUAUUCGUGUCGUGACUUCGCAUUGGACGAUCAGAUUCGUGGCCGGGCUCUCCGCAAGCAGUCUGCCCAUUGGUAGAUACGAACAAAUGGCGAACAUGUCAGAUCUGGAGUAAGACUACGUACGUGUGGUGUUUAUGAGAGACUGCCAGUAAAUCACAGCGUGAUGGACUAGCCGCAGGAAAUAAGACCGGACCAAGAUGAGAUGGUGUGGAAACUAAAGGAGCCUCAUUAAUGAACUCGAGUGAAACGAGCAAAAUGCAUGCAACGACAACGUGUAACCCUUGCUACCGCGUGUCUAGAUCAUAGAAUCAGAACGCGGGAAAGCAGAUUUGGCGGGAGAGCACGUUUGGCGGGAAAGAAUUAAGGCAGCGUGCGAGAAGACAUCGCCAUUGAUAACACAUUGAUACAAGAAGCCAUGCAGACAUAGAGCUCAUCUACGUUUCACGCUGUCAUUCGGCAAUCUGAAAAACAGUCGGGUGCCUGCGACACCAGGACAAAACAGUUGUUGACUCCGAAACACAAAGAUGCUGCAACUUGGGUCGACCGGUGCGCCGGUACCGAUGACCCCGGAGCCCCUCUACGGAGUGGCCACGGCCCCCUGGAACCACGCCGUGCCGGCCCCGUCAGACCCAGCUGUGGCCGGGACAGGAUGCGCCGUCUGGGAACCAAUCCAGAGCAUCGUCUUUCAGGUGGCCUGUCUCUUGUUCUUCCUGGGCUACCUGGCUCCUUCCACGGGCUCCGCCGCCAUGUUCGUCAUGCAUGCCUUUCUGAGCCUCGGUUUCAUCACGCUGUCCCUGUGGGGACUCCUGUACGCAUGCGCGGUGGACAUCUUCGUCUGGAACCUAGUCUUCUGUAUCCUGAACAUCUGUCACGCCGGGUACUUGGGGUACCAAGUCAGACCCAUACGGUUUACCAGGGAAGAGAGGGACCUGUAUAACACCGUCUUCAAGCCUUUUCAGGUGCCCCGGAUUAUCUACAGGGACUUGUGUAAUCUGGGGAAGAUUAGCUCCUUGAAGAUAGGGGAGCAUUACGCUGAGGAGGGGAGGACACCUUGCAACCGUCUUUCGAUCAUCAUCUUUGGCAAAGUUAAAGUAUUUUCCGACGGGGACUUUCUUCACAACAUCCAGGAGAAACAGUUCCUGGACUCGCCAGAAUGGGACUCGUUUAGUCAAGCUGAGACGAGAGAAAACUUUCAGGUGACGCUGACGGCCACCACCUACUGCCGCUACAUGAGUUGGCAGCGGGACAACCUCCGAGACUUUCUGGGGACCCAUCCCUACCUGAAGCAGGUCUUCGCCAACCUGAUCGGCACGGAUAUUACCAGGAAGCUGUACCUCCUGACCGAGCGGAACCUGAACCACCGGGGCUCCAGGGCCGAUCUACGGCUGCCCAGCGUGGCUCGGGAGGCCUCCCCGAACCACGAUCUCCGGGGCCACCUGGCGGCGGGAGGGAUGGGGGCCUGCGGGGUCGGGAUCCCGGUACUGGGUACCAGUCAGAACCAGGAUAGCUUCCUGCAGUCGCCUAACUACGGCCAACAGGACUAUACCAAGCGCCCACGGGUAGACGCCAAGGACUCGACUUACGACAAUAUUUAUCCUCCACGAUAAUGGGGGACGUGACCAUUCGAAUGGACUGAGACGAUUGUUUCAUGGAAAUUGAUGUACCUAUCAGCAAGCCAAGGGAUCUUGUAAGCCUUGGUAGGAUUGCCGAAGGCAUGACAUCAUCUGGCUUGACAAGCGGAAUGGAGUGGCGUCAAAUUGGAGUUAUCAACCUGUGUCUAACUGUCUAUAACUCCACGUUUAUCUGAGAUGGAAUGGGUAAAGUCCUUUUUGGUGAGGUCGAAAUAAGUAACUGAGUGAUGCUAUAUGAACAUUGUCAAUUACUCUCCGAGUCAAAGCAAUAACAAAGUGAAUGCAUAUGGUUGUAUACCAUGCAUCUACGGGGAGGAAGCAUUCAUUAAUGUAUGUAAAGAGUGAUGAAGUAACAUUCUGACGUUUGCUGUUUAUCUGCGGUGAUCGUGGUCAACUAAAAAGUUGAAAGUCCAGUUGUACUUGAACAGAAUAUUGUGCUCUCAAUUGCAGCAAAACGGCAUUGAGGUAAUGAAGUUACACAUAGUUGGUUAACAAACGUUUGUUCCAUUACGAUUCGGCUGGUAUCGGCGGGCGCCAUGCUGUACUAGUUCGCACAGCGUUAACUUGUCAAUGGUUCAAUAUUUGUUUCGGAUAUUCGCACAACGUUAACUUGUCGAUGGGUAAAAUUUAUUUCGGAUAUUUCUUAAAGUCAAAUAUUUAUUUAAGUUGUGGAUGCAUCAUAGUUAAUUCAUUCUUCUUUGUACUUUAUUUAUGUCAUGUUCAUGUCGUUAUGUUAAAACUGUCAUGAAAUUCUCCAUGCGUUCAACUCAGUGGUGUAAUUAUUACAAAAAUAAAGUGUGUACCAGCCCAGUUUAGUAUAUAAUUCAUAUUAUCGUUUGCACGGAAUUCUAAUUCAAGAGUUGAUUCUAGAAUCACAAGUAUUUUAUUUUGGACAGUUUGUUCUGAACAAAAGAAUAUUAUUAAUUGCUUUAUUUAGUAAAACAAUAUUAUUAAUUGCUUGGGAAUGGUGCCAAGACUUUCAAGUCAAUCAGGUUGCAUCAGGUACCAUUUGGAUUGCACUAUAUGAUAAAAUGCACUGCCUCUAUUUAUUCCAUUGCCUUUAUAAAAAUAAAAAGUGAAAUAUCUUUGGUUUGUUCCUGUUUUGAAUAAUAAAUAUUUGAUGUAAAUUUAA